AUGCAAACUUCAGGAGAUUUUUUCCUCUAAUAGCUAUCAGAAGGCAACCUGAUCUUUAAAAUUUACUAAAGAUCUUCCUCAAUUCCUUAGGGAAAGCAUAUUAAGAUUCCUUUAUAUUCAUAACAAUAUAACUUUAAGAGAAAUAAACAAUUGUAAGAUUUCCUAAUUUACACAAGUACAAUCAUUAAUAAGCUGUUGAAUAACAGCACCCAGAAGCAAUAAAAGAAGUCCAAACCUCUUUUGAGAAAUCAACUUUGA